AUGAACUGUCACCUCGCUGAAAUAGGAAGUUGUCUCAUUUUAGAUGCAUCAGAAAAUCCCGUCACGUCUUUAAGACGAAGGAAGCACUCAGGACUGUCGUAUAGAACCGCCGUCGUUAGAAAGGCCCCAACACAUGUGUCAAGAGAUUGUUACCGAAAUGGAGCAAAUGCUACGAUCUUAUUUCUUCGUAAAGAGCGAAGUGAUAUCGGCGGUCUUAGAUGGUUUUCCCACCAGGCUCAGAAGGUUGCAAAGAGCAGCCUAGGUAACGCCGGCUUCCCUGGCCUUCUCAUAGGUGUCGAACAUCCACCGACCGAACUCAUCAGCCCACUGAGACUCAGGACUGAAAGAUCGAGCGGGACUGGAAACGGACAUCUGGCAAGGAAGCGCAUGCGCUACUCAGAAACGAACGCUUUCGCUCGGUCAGGUCCAAGGGCCUACGGACACAAGUAA